AUGCCUUGGGACCUAGCCGAAAGUUUUGGUGUGUACCCGACCCUAAAUUAUAUUGAUCUAAGCAGCAACAAUUUUUAUGGUGAGCUUUCUGAGAAAUGGGGGCAGUGCCACAGGCUCACAAACCUGAACAUCUCCAACAACAAUAUUUCUGGUGCUAUACCGCCUCAACUUGGGAAAGCAAUUCAGCUGCAACAACUUGAUCUCUCCGCCAAUCAUCUAAGUGGGAAGAUCCCGAAAGAGUUGGGUAUGUUGCCAUUAUUAUUCAAAUUGUUGUUAGGAAACAACAAUAUUUCUGGCAGUAUUCCUUUGGAAUUGGGACACUUAUCCAAUCUUGAAAUUCUUGACUUGGCAUCAAACAACAUAAGCGGUCCAAUUCCCAAACAACUGGGAAACUUCUGGAAAUUACGGUCCUUCAACUUGAGCGAGAAUAGAUUUGUGGAUAGCAUUCCUGACGAAAUUGGAAAGAUGCAUCAUCUUGAAAGUCUAGAUCUUAGUCAAAAUAUGUUGACAGGAGAGGUUCCACCGCUUCUUGGAGAAUUACAGAACCUAGAAACGUUGAAUCUCUCCCAUAACGAGCUCUCCGGUACCAUCCCACACACUUUUGAUUAUCUGAUAAGCCUGACAGUUGCUGAUAUAUCCUACAAUCAGUUGGAAGGUCCUCUCCCCAACAUCAAAGCUUUCGCUUCUUUUGAGGCAUUCAAAAAUAAUAAAGGUCUUUGUGGAAAUAAUGUCACUCAUCUCAAGCCAUGCGGUGCUAGUCGAAAGAGGGCCAGCAAGUUUUCUAUUUUGAUCGUAGUACUCCUCAUUGUGAGCACUCUAUUGUUCUUAUUUGCUUUUAUUAUUGGCAUUUAUUUUCUUUUCCAAAAAUUGAGGAAGAGAAAAACCAAGUCUCCUGAAGCAGAUGUUGAAGAUCUAUUUGCAAUAUGGGGCCAUGAUGGGGAAUUGUUGUAUGAGCACAUCAUACAGGGGACCGAAAAUUUCAGUUCGAAACAGUGUAUUGGCACUGGAGGAUAUGGUACUGUUUACAAGGCUGAGUUGCCAACAGGUCGGGUUGUUGCUGUGAAAAAGCUUCACUCAUCAGAAGAUGGAGAUAUGGCUGAUUUGAAAGCUUUCAAAAGCGAGAUUCAUGCUUCAACACAGAUAAGGCAUCGCAAUAUCGUCAAGCUUUAUGGCUUCAGUUCAUUUGCAGAGAACUCAUUUUUGGUUUAUGAGUUUAUGGAAAAGGGAGUUUGCGAAACAUUCUAUGCAACGACGAAGAAGCAGAAAGAUUAG